GGCCUCCUGUCUGAAGACCCAUUUUCUCUUCCUCAUUUGAUAGGAAAAUGGCUGACAUCCAGAACAUUUCGCUGGACAGCCCAGGGAGCGUAGGGGCUGUGGCAGUGCCGGUGGUCUUUGCCUUCAUCUUCCUGUUGGGCAUGGUGGGUAAUGGGCUGGUGUUGGCCGUGCUGCUGCAGCCUGGCCCAAGUGCCUGGCAGGAACCCGGCAGUACCACGGAUCUCUUCAUCCUCAACUUGGCGGUGGCCGACCUUUGCUUCAUUCUGUGCUGCGUGCCCUUCCAGGCGGCUAUCUACACACUGGAUGCCUGGCUCUUUGGGGCUUUCGUGUGCAAGACCGUACAUCUGCUCAUCUACCUCACCAUGUAUGCCAGCAGCUUCACCCUGGCGGCCGUCUCAGUGGAUAGGUACCUGGCCGUGCGACACCCGCUGCGCUCCCGGGCCCUGCGCACCCCGCGCAACGCGCGCGCCGCCGUGGGGCUCGUGUGGCUGCUGGCGGCGCUCUUUUCCGCGCCCUACCUAAGCUACUACGGCACAGUGCGCUACGGCACGCUCGAGCUCUGCGUGCCCGCCUGGGAGGACGCGCGGCGGCGCGCGCUGGACGUGGCCACCUUCGCCGCGGGCUACCUGCUGCCGGUGGCCGUGGUGAGCCUGGCCUACGGGCGCACGCUGUGCUUCCUGUGGGCCGCCGUGGGUCCCGCGGGCGCGGCGGCGGCAGAGGCGCGCAGACGGGCGACCGGCCGCGCGGGGCGCGCCAUGCUGGUGGUGGCCGCGCUCUACGCGCUCUGCUGGGGCCCGCACCACGCGCUCAUCCUCUGCUUCUGGUACGGCCGCUUCGCCUUCAGCCCGGCCACCUACGCCUGUCGCCUGGCUUCGCACUGCCUCGCCUACGCCAACUCCUGCCUCAACCCGCUCGUCUACUCGCUCGCCUCCCGCCACUUCCGCGCGCGCUUCCGCCGCCUGUGGCCCUGCGGCCGUCGCCGCCACCGCCACCGCCACCACCACCGCGUUCAUCGAGCCCUCCGUCGUGUCCAGCCGGCGUCUUCGGGCCCCGCCGGCUAUCCUCGCGACGCCAGACCUCGCGGUUGGAGUAUGGAGCCCAGAGGGGAUGCCCUGCGCGCUGGAGAGACUGGACUAACCCUGUCCGCCAGGGGACCGCAAUAACCCUACCUGCUUGGACUCUUGACAGCUGUCGGUCUGUCCUCUUCCCUGGGCAGCAGAAUGCCACCAAAGAGCAUCUAGGGCAUGGC